UCACUGUCAGAACAGGUCAGCCUUCAGGCAAUCUUAGAAUUUGUUUUGCUUGCUUGCAUUUUUGCAAUUGCAUUGCAAGAACCACUAUAUAACUAGAACUCUUUUCCUUUUAUAUGUUUUUGGGAUUAAAAUAAAUUUUGAACAUUAUAUAUUAUUAUCUGUGUUUAGAACUUUGCAGAUUGGCUCAGAAAGAAAUACAUAGUUUGUGUGUAAUGUGAAAAUUUCCUUCUGAUUAAAGUAAUUGUAUAACAAGGUUUGAAAUAAGUAGGAUGAAUGACCAUCAGGCCAAAAAGAUUUUAUUCAAUAAAUCUACGCUAGUGAGUCUUAAAGCAGAAUUACUAAGAAAGCAAGAAGAAGUGAAUGAAAAGAAGCAGCUACCUCGAAAUAAAAUUGAACAUUUUAAACCAGCUGCCAGAAAGACAAGCCAGACGGCAACGGAAGCUAAUACCCCAAAGAAAAGCUUCAAAGAUAACCUAAAGGCGUUUGAUAUAGAGGAACUAGAAGCAUGUAGAAAGGCAAAAUUAGCAUUAGAAAAAAAGGCAGAACUCUAUGCACACUUGUCAGAUGGUGUGGGCACUUCUCAACUGGCUGGAAGAUUUUUGGUGGAUUUCAACAUUAAGAAGCAGCAGGAGCACACUCCAAAUAAUGCAGCUACUGAGACUGAGGCUGAGGAUGGUGGUAGCUGUGAGGUUGAUGAAAGUGACUGGACGGAAUUCACAGACUGUCUGGGUCGUACACGAAAAUGUCUCAAAUCUGACUUAGAAUAUUUCAAAGAAAAAGAUGCACAGUUAUUUAAGGCAAAGGAUAAAUCAAGUACUCAUGUUGCAGAUGAAAAUAUUAGAAAGGAUAUAGAUAAACCACCAGCAAAGCCGUUCCUCGUUCAGAAGACAAAUGACUACCUCCAGUCUUUGCGUGAGAAGUGGGAAGAAAAGGAGAGGGAGUUGCUUGCAAAAGACAAAGAUAUACAUUAUCAAGACUUGCUAUUUGAUGAGGCCCGCAUGCACGGCGUUGGUUAUUACUCAUUCAGUACUGAUGAGACGGAACGUAAGAAACAAAUGGAAGAGCUGAUCAAACGUCGUCAAGAGACUUUGCAAGCUCAACAGGAGGCCGAGGAGGAGAGGAUGAAACGUGAAGAGCUAAUGGCGGCUCGAGUGGCGGCUGCUAGGGCGAGGCAGAGGGCCAGGGCUGGGUUGCCGCCCGAAGAGGAACCUAAAGAAAAACCAAAGGACUUUGCAACUUGCUUGCUGGAAUUCCUAAAUCAACAAAAAGAAGAAGCUGAUGUAAAAGCAAAGGAAGAAGAAAACAGAAUCAAAGAAGAAAAAGAAAAGGAACGGCAAAAAUUGCGGGAAUCUUAUGUUCGUGAUUGGGACAUCGGCAAAGAAGGCGUUGAGGAAAAGGUGAAGAAAUUCAGAGAAAUGACUCAAGAAGAAUAUGUAGAACAGCAAAGAGACAAACGAAUUGAAGAAUUCGCACCACCACAAACAUCUUCUGCCUCUAAUUCUCAAUUCACGUUCGACACUAAAGGCAGUAUAGUAGACGCUGAGACCAAUGCUCCAGUUAAAAAAACUUGGGCUGAUGUAAGACGAAAACGGGCAGAAACCCCACCAGACAUUUUUAUUCCGAAUGAAGAAAAAGGCCUUUAUUUUUCGACUAGUAAGAAAACUGAAACUAAAGUUAAGUAUCGGAACUUUACAAAAAGCCAAGAGCCGAGUCUUAUAAUCAAUGAAUUAGAAAAUGAUGGAAGUGAAGGUAAAAAUCAAAAUGACUCCGAAGAACUGUUAUCUAAUGCAGAAUUUGCUCCACCGCCAACAUACGAUUAUUAUGGACCUCCACCAACAAAAUAUCGUAGACAAGAAAAACCAUUCCAGUCUGACAUUAGGGAAGCCUACGCCCAAGGUGCAAAGAGCCUAGAAGCCAAAUCAAAUUGUAAAAAAUUACCUAGGCAUUAUGAUUUUACUUUUGAUUGAAAUAAAAAAUCCUUAUUGCAGUCAAGUGUUUAUUUACACUGUUUCUAAUACUAGUAUCACAAUUAUGAACACUACCAAUGUGAAUAAGUUUAAAAUCUACUUUUAUUUAAUAAGAUAAAGCUACUAUAAAGA